GUGUAUCGGGUGCAAUUAAUAUCUGGAAUCGAAUUCAAAUUCGCGUUCAUUUCGAUUUGAGCAGUGCAUCCGAGCUGUUGCAGCUAAAUCGUGUUGCAGUUCCGAAACGAGUGUCGAGAGUCUAUAUCCUGUGGUUGUCCUAGUCGAGAAAAUGUGGUGGCUUCUAUUGGUACCGUACCUGUUGGUCGGUGUGAUUUUGGUGUAUUCAUAUGUCCAGUGGACCCGACGGAAAAUGUAUGCAAUGUUGGCGACCAUGUCCAGUCCAAAAGCGUUGCCAGUGAUUGGACAUGCUCAUAAGUUCUAUAAUUCUACGCCAGAGGGACUUGCGGAUACACUCAAGUAUUUCGGCAGCUUUCCUUCGCCAGUCUGCAUUCACAUGGGUCCGUUGCCUCACGUCGGCGUUUUCGACCCCGAAUCGUUACAGGUGAUUCUCAACUCCCCGCACUGUCUGCAGAAAUCACUGCAAUAUUCAUUUCUUGGGAUUUCCAGUUCGAUAUUUUCCUCACCAUCUGACAUAUGGAAAAUUCAGCGCAAAGCUUUCAAUCCUGCAUUUGGGCCAGCGGUUCUUGCGAGUUUUGUUCCGACAUUUAACAAAAAAUGCAGUCUUCUGAUGAACAUUUUACAACAAUAUGAAGGAAAGCCAGAAAAAGAUUUUAGCCGGGACCUUGUGAAAUGUGCUUUGGAUGAAAUCUGUGAGACGACUUUUGGGUGCGAAUUCAACAUGCAGUUGUCUUCAGAGGGAGAUUAUGCGUUGGACAUGAGUGAAGGCUUUGUGGACAUGGUAGCUGAACGAUGUUUCACCAUAUGGAAAUAUCCAGACUUCAUAUACCGCUGGACCAAAUCGUACCGAGAACAAGUGAAAUAUGUGGAUGCUUUCUACGAUACCAUAAUGGGAAAGGUAGAGCGUCGUGAGGGAAUUGAGAAAAUUAUGAACGAUCUGAGCAACGCUGAAACAUCAGAAAAGAGUCAGAACUUCCUUUAUUGCCUUUCAAAAUAUCUAAGUUUACAAGGGCCCACUUCCAGAGAUGACAUUUUAGCACACUUUGGACUAAAUAUUGUCGCUGGCCUUGAAACGAAAGCAAGAACUAUCAGUUCUACUUUGUUUAUGCUGGCAAUGCAUCCAGAGAUACAGGAACGAUGUUACCAGGAAAUAGUUUCCGUUUGCCCUGGAGAAAAUCAGUUCAUUUCGACGGAAGAUGUGAGGAAACUUACCUAUCUUGAAAUGGUGAUCAAGGAAACAAUGAGACUGUUUCCGGCGGCAGCGCUAAUGGCCCGAGUAGCCACCAGUGACAUCAAAAUCAGCGGCAACAAAACAAUUCCAGAAAACACCACAAUUAUAAUUGGAACAUAUCAAAUACACCGUGACCCGAAAAUCUGGGGACCGAAAGCCGACCAAUUCGAUCCAGACAACUUCCUGCCGGAGAAUGUCGCUGACCGGCAUCCGUACUCGUUCAUUCCCUUCAGUGCAGGCCCACGAAACUGCAUAGGGCUUCGCUAUGCGUGGUUGUCUAUGAAAAUUUUAAUUGCUUAUAUUUUGAGGCGAUAUCGUUUGAGUACUUCUGUUAAAUACGACGAACUGAGAGUGGCAUACGGGAUAUUUUUAAGCAUCGUGAACGGAAAUCCAAUGAAAAUUGAAAGGAGGGUCGUUUGAUGACAAUAAAUGGUGUGACCGAUAGUCCUAUGGAAUUUGGUCGAAUGUCAAUCUGCCGAAUGUCGUUUGGCCGAAAAGAGAUUGAUGAAAUAAAGUGAUACUGUUCCCUACAGC